AUGUCCGUGUUGCAUGAAAAGCUAGAUCGUUAUGAGGAGCGAGUAAAUGAGAUGGAAGAAGAACGAAAAGCCGAUGUGACGGAACGGAAAGAAAAUGAAAAGCGCUUAAAAGACAUGUAUGAGGAGAGGUUACGUGUGAUGCACGAGAGUCAUUUAAUAGAUCUCAAACAAACUACUGAAGUUCAAAGGAUUAAAAUGAACCAUUUGGAAGAAGUUGAAUCCUGCUUACGUGAUUCAAAGCCAAAGCGUUUGACCAGCGAAGAGAUGACCGCUAGAGAAAUUUCAAUUACUGCUCAAAACAAACAACUUAAAGAUUUACAGGAAGAAGUAGAUAAGCAGAUGGCCAUAUUGGAAGGAGAAAGAUCAGCUCUUCAAAUGAAAACCGAAGAAUUUCAAUCGAGAAAUCAACGGGAACGAAAUGAACUGGAACUCUUUAAUAAAGAGCUAAAACGAUCUAUGAAGGCAUUUGAGGAUAGUCGUAAAAUAUGGGAACGUGAAAAAAAAUCAGAAACACAAUAUAUUGAAAGUCGCAAACAAGAGUUGGAGGAUGUUCGUUCUUCAGUCAUUGAAGAACAGCGCAAGUUAGCUGAAGAAAGAUUUGAAGUGGCUUCUGAACGAUACAGACUUGAAACCAUGCUGAAAUUAGAUGCUGGUACAGGAACCGAUUUGAUACAAGCUAAAGUGGAAGUGAAAGAGAAUUUUAAAGAACUAAAAAGAAAAGAAAAAGAAUUAGACAAACGAUUGGAACAUACAAAAGAACUGGAAAAACGUUUAGCUGAUGAAAAAAAUAGAUUGCAAGAACUAGACGACCAAAUUAAAAUGAAAUCAAUUCGUGCAGAAAAAAUGUUUAAGGUGAAUAUCUGA